GGCUGGCGGACUGAUGCUAGCGGCGCGGCAUGUCGUGUGCGCCCUGUCCGGCGGGGUGGACAGUGCUGUGGCGGCACUGCUUCUAAAGCGGAGAGGUUACCAAGUGACAGGGGUAUUUAUGAAGAACUGGGACUCACUGGAUGAACAUGGAGUCUGCACCGCUGACAAAGACUGUGAAGAUGCUUACAGAGUUUGCCAAAUCUUAGACAUCCCUUUCCAUCAAGUGUCCUAUGUGAAGGAGUAUUGGAAUGAUGUGUUCACGUACUGUGCUACAUCUGGGAACAUUAAGAUGUCUACACCAGCCAGGCUCGGUGGCUCAGCCUGUAAUCCCACGCUUUGGGAGGCUGAGUGAUUUUUUGAAUGAGUAUGAAAAAGGAAGGACUCCAAAUCCUGACAUCAUCUGCAACAAGCAUAUCAAAUUCAGUUGCUUUUUUCAUUAUGCUCUGGAUAAUCUUGGAGCAGAUGCUGUUGCCACAGGUCACUAUGCAAGAACUUCACUGGAAGAUGAAGAAGUCUUUCAGCAGAAGCACAUUAAGAGGCCAGAAGGGCUUUUCAGAAAUCGAUUUGAAAUUAGAAAUGUGGUAAAACUUCUCCAAGCAGCUGACAGCUUUAAAGACCAGACCUUCUUUCUCAGCCAGGUUUCCCAGGAUGCCCUGAGGAGAACCAUCUUCCCUCUGGGGGGAUUAACGAAAGAUUUUGUAAAGAAAAUAGCUGCUGAGAAUAGACUUCAUCAUGUGCUUCAGAAAAAAGAGAGCAUGGGCAUCUGUUUUGUCGGUAAAAGAAAUUUUGAACAUUUCAUUCUUCAGUAUUUGCAGCCUCAACCUGGUAAAUUUAUUUCUAUAGAAGACAAUAAAGUUCUGGGAACACAUAAAGGUUGGUUCCUGUAUACUCUGGGCCAGAGAGCCAAGAUCAGUGGCUUGAGAGAGCCGUGGUUUGUGGUGGAGAAGGAUGGCACCAAGGGCGACGUGUUUGUGGCCCCUCGGACUGACCACCCGGCCCUGUACAGGGACCUGCUGCGCACCAACCGCGUGCACUGGAUCGCCGAGGAGCCGCCUUCGGCCUUGGUCCGGGACAAGAUGAUGGAGUGUCACUUCCGAUUCUUCCACCAGAUGGCACUAGUGCCCUGCGUGCUGACUCUCAAUCAAGAUGGUACUGUGUGGCUGACAGCUGUGAGGGCUGUGCGGGCCCUCACCCCAGGACAGUUUGCCGUGUUCUACAAAGGAGACGAGUGCCUGGGCAGCGGGAAGAUCCUGCGGGUGGGGCCAUCGGCCUACACACUUCAGAAGGGCCAGGGUAAAGCCGGAGGAGCUCCUGAGGGCUCUGGCAGCAUCCCAGGUGAUGGCCCGAGCCUGCGUCCCUCACUCUGAUGGAGACGAGCUGCUGGAGGAGGCCUGUGAGGACAGGGCCCAGUGGUGGGCGGCCAGGGGACAGUGCGAGUCACCAAGGGCCCGAAGCAGGAGAUCUUGGGAUGGGAGAGCCAGCUGGGCCAGUCAGCUUCUGCAAAGCCUUCAGAGCCCAGGCGAGCUCCAGGAGGGCCCUGUCUCCUCCAAGCUGGAACUCCAGCAGCCAGAAGCGUUUGCUGAUUAGCGGGUGUGUCCCGAAGGUCCUAUUUCUAGAGUGCCUCUUUUGCUGUCUCUCCCUCUCCGGGGGGUAGUUUCAAUCUCUAGCCUGUGGAGGGAAGCUGUGGUGGGGGCUACCCCGGCUGCUCGGACAGUGUUAAAUAAACAUACUUUCAGGGA